AAUUGUUAUUUAAUUUUUUUUCAGAAAAGUUUUUUAACAGUGAAUUAGGGAAAAUGAAAAGUUUUACGUCUUUGAUUCAGAUACCAUUAUUUGUACUUGUCGCCAGUUUUUGUAUGGCAGAGGGCUUCCUUUUGCCUGGAGACGUGUGUCCAUUCAACCAAAAAUGCACGUGUACAUUUAAUCGCAUAGACUGCAGUUAUCGCUACCUGACCGAAGUGAUGAACUUUACCUCUUACAAUCAGCGCGCUGAUUACGUUGGACUCAAUCACAACUUUAUAACGAGCAUUCAGUCAAACUCUUUCUCCACCCUCUUUUCCGCGUCAUCUAGACGCAUUCUCAUCCGGUUGGAUUAUAAUAGAAUUGACAGUGUGGAUGUUGACGCGUUUGCGGGUAUGCCUAGUAAUGUUACUGUGGUUGUCUACUUGAACGACAACAAUCUAAAAACGAUACCGCCAGCUCUUGAGAAAAUAUCUGGAUUGUCUUCUCUUUACGUUCAAAACAAUCCCCUAACUAAUAUAGACGUACUGACAACCAUCGGACCUGCUUUAAGUGUGUUGAGUUUAAGUUUGAAAAAUUUCCAAACCUGGCCGACACAGUUCCAAAAUUUGACACAUAUAGUUCAUUUGACAUUGGACGAAAUUCCUUUCAAAAAUCUAAGUAGUGAUGCAUUGAAAAAUGUGGACAGUCUGACCUCGCUCACUAUAUCAAACUCAGAAUUAGAACACGUGCCGGAGGCAAUAUGUGUACUGAAAGAUAUGCAGUUAUUUUAUUUUAUUAAGAAUAAGAAACUGAAUCAGGACCGAAAACCAUUGGUGCCGUGUCCAGGAUACGUGCUGAAUUACGUCUCAUUUGUUGAUAUGAGCGAAAACGAGCUGAGUGCUUUCCCAAAUGUAUUCGAUACGUUUCCUUCAGUAAAACGACUCCAGUUGAUCGGUAAUAAAAUCCAUUACAUCGAAGCUGACGUCAUUCCCCAUCACCCAAUGGUGGAGAGACUUUACCUGGACGGAAACCGAAUGAAGCGAAUUCCGGGAAAACUCACUCAGUUCUCGGCUUUAAAACAAUUAUUUUUAUCAAACAAUGACAUUUCGACCGUCGAAGACUGUGAUUUAGCAGGACUAAGGCAACUUGAUCAAUUGUAUCUUAACAAUAACCCGGUGGAGUAUGUAUCCAAGACUGCACUCGUUGACGCACAUCUACUUCAACGCCUAGAACUAGGAAAUACUAAUUUGCGUAAAAUACCGGAAGCACUUUCACCUCUCACAAAACUCUCGUAUUUGAACCUAACCGGAAGUCCAAUAGAAUGUGACUGCUCCAUGAAAUUUCUUAGAUCCGCCCUUCCACUGGAUGUCCAGGGCACCUGUACUUCAUCUUCUCAAACAAUCAACGAAUAUAUUGCCAGCUCUGCUGGGUCAUGUCCAUAAUAACUGUCGGCAUAUGUUACAAUGGUCAACAUCAAUCAUUAUGGUUUUGAAUUUAUCCAAUUGUAAAUUACGGAGUAAUGAAUUCACAUUGUGCUGAAA